AUGAAGCUCAUCGUCAUUCCGCUGUCCUUCCUGCGCCGUCUAGACUCGCUCAAGUACACCAGUGUAAUCGCCCUCUUCUCCAUCGCCUACCUCGUCAUACUCGUCGUAGCCCACUUCCUCAAAGGCGACACGAUAGCCGACCGCGGCAACGUCCGCGUCUUUGAAUGGGCGGGCCCCGUCUCUGCACUCGCCGCCUUCCCCGUCAUCGUCUUCGCCUACACAUGCCACCAGAACAUGUUCUCGAUCCUGAACGAGAUAGCCGACAACUCUCACUUCCAAACAACCACCGUCAUCUUCGCUUCCAUCGGAGGCGCAUGCGGCCUGUACAUCCUCACCGGCAUCACAGGCUACCUAUCCUACGGCGACAACAUCCACGGCAACAUCGUAUCCAUGUACCCCACCGCCGCCGCCAGCACCAUCGGCCGCCUCGCCAUCGUCAUCCUCGUCAUGUUCUCCUACCCCCUCCAAAUCCACCCCUGCCGCGCCAGCAUCGACGCAUGUCUAAAGUGGCGCCCCGGCGGCCGCAAACAAAGCGAAAGCAGUCCCUCACGAAACACACUCAUGAACAACACGCCCAAGCCCGGCGCGCCCAAGAGCAGCGAGAUGAGCGACCUGAAAUUCGCAGUCAUCUCCACCGUCCUCAUCAUCCUCUCCUUCAUCACCGCCAUGACCGUUUCCAGUCUGGAGAAAGUACUGGCUUAUGUCGGCAGCACGGGUUCCACGACGAUUUCCUUCAUUCUACCCGGUUUGUUUUAUUACAAGAUUUCUGACCCGGAAUCUUCGCACCACCAGCGUCUUGUUAAGGAUGAAGACGACGAAGAUGAGUAUCAGAGUGGAGAGGCGGAGGGGUAUGUUACGAGCGAGGGACAUCUUAAUCGUGAUUUCAGGAGGGGCCUACUGCGUAAUUUGGCGCUUGCUUUGAGCAUUUACGGUGUUGUUGUUAUGGUUGUUUGUCUCAUUACGAAUACCUUUUUGGUUGCGGCGCAUUGA